GAGAGUAUUAUUUAUAAGAUUCGAGUCAGAAUAUAAGUUCGGAGAAUCAGGUUACAGGUAAGUGUCUAAGUGAAGGUGCAACCCGAUUCUACCCAAAAUCACCUCAAUACAUACUUGAUUUUUCUAUAAAUAUAAAAAGAGGAAAAAAGUUGAAAGCACACACCACAUAAGCGUGUGAGGAAACUUCGUAUACUCAUUCCUUCCCAUUUUCACACGCCUUCCAUAUAUAUAUAUUGCCGCUCUAUCCCUCACCUCCGUACGGACUUCUCUUCAUCACUCAUUCACCAAAAUCACCAUGUCUAAGCUACUAACAAUUCUUCCCAACUGUUUCUGAAUUUCAUCCACCGUUUUGAUCUUCACAAACAGUCAACCAGCAAAAAACCUCAUAAAAUUGAAUGGCCAGGACACGAGGUUUCUCGCUAAAGCACCGCGUCGCCGCAAUUUUCCGGCGCCCGGCGCGCCUCCGCCGCGUGAAGCCCCUCUGCGGGCUGAUCGGGUGGGCGCAGAAGCUCGGGCUGAAGGCGAGGGCGCGUCUAGGGAUCGCGGGCGGGCGAUACGCCCGGGUCGAGCGGGAUCCGAUCCUGGAGAAGCCCGUACCCGUUCCGAAAGGGCACAUGGCGGUGUACGUGGGGCAGAAGGACGGCGAUUUCGAGAGGAUUUUGGUGCCGGUGGUGUAUUUCAACCACCCCUUGUUUGGGGAUUUGCUGAAGGAGUCCGAAAACGAGUUCGGGUUCAAUCAGCCGGGCGGGUUAACCAUACCUUGUCGGAUCUCGGAGUUUGAGCGUGUCCAGACCCGGAUCAAGACGGGUCAGUGUACCCGGAAGCUGCUGAGGUGGAAGAGUCCGAAUAGGAAUUUUUGAUUUUUGAUGAUGACGAUAGAGCUUUGUAAUUAAUUUUUUCUAUAUACUAUAAACUUUUUUUUUCCUUUUUAA